AAGAGAACGUAGAUACCAAAACAUCAUCAUAUCUCCAUCAAACAUAUAAUAUCUUGUAACGUGUCAUCUGUCAGUUGCUCUUUUUGCAUCAUGCCACGUAUCCCUUCCCUUGGCUAGCCGCCUAAAAUCCACUAUAAAAGUCCAUCUUGUCUAGCCCUAGGAAGUACUAUUAUUAUUAUGAACCCAAAAACACAAAAAGAAGGAAAGAACCAUUAAGGAGAAUUAAGAAAAUGGAAGCAGUAAUAGAAGAACCAAUAUUGUCUAGGCUCGACAGACUUGAUAAUAUUAUCAAAAAACUGGAGGAAGUGAGAGGAGGUGACCAUUCCUCAAAGUCAUCAACGGCAUCAAGCGAGACGUUAACAACUAGCGAUGGGCAAGUGUCGUCGCUCGAUUUCUCUCCAAGAAGCAUGGAAAAGCAUUGCCGUCCCAUAGACGACGUGAUUUCGGAGACGGAGCACAAGGGGACACUCAUUGAGAGGCUGGUGAAUGUUGAGAAUAGGGUGUUGAAUGUGUGUGCGCAGUUGGAGGCGGAGUUGGAGCUGAUGAAGAAGAAGAAACAGGAGGAUCUUGCUGUCGAGGAGAAUUUGAAGAAGAAAAGAGAGGAGAAUGAUGUUGUAAUUGAGGAGGAGGACAGGGCACCUCAUAAGAAGGGUACUUUCAAGAGCUUUGUUAAGUCGUGUGUUAAAGGGACAGGGAUAGGGAAACAUAAUAGAAAGAUUUAAGGUUUUGUGGAAUUCCAAUGAUGUUCAUUUAUGUAUGCAUGUUUGUGUGUACUUUCUUAAAGCUUUCCAUCGGAUGUCCUGUACGUGAUCUCGUUUGGACACCCGAGUAGAGAAGUCUGCAACUCUUUCGCACUAUGUAUUAAUUUGGUGUUGAUUGGAGGUGUAACCUGUGUUUCGAUGGUUCAACUCUUUCGCACUAUGGUGUUGAUUUGAGCUGUAACGCGUAAUGUUCGAUAGUUAAAAAUGAAAUACUUCCUCAGUCA